AAUCAGCAGCCGCGGGGCGGAGUGGCGGCGCCUCCCGCGCGGCGCGGAGAGCGAAGCAGAGGCGCCUCUGCCGUCCCGCAGCGGACGAUGCCACGCUCACCCGUGCUCUCGCUGCUCCUGCUGCUGCCGCCGCUGGCCCUGGGCCUCGGGCUCCUCGGCGCGGGCGGCCGGCGCCCCGACUGUGGUCCGUGCCGGCCCGAGCGCUGUCCUGCGCCCGCGCGCUGCCCCGCGCCCGGCAUCCCGGCGCGCGACGAGUGCGGCUGCUGCGCGCGCUGCCUGGGUGCCGAGGGCGCGAGCUGCGGGGGCCGGGCAGGCGCGCGCUGCGGCCCCGAGCUGGUGUGCGCGAGCCGCGCCGCCGGGGUGGCGCCCGAGGGCACCGGGCUCUGCGUGUGCGCACAGCGCGGCGCGGUGUGCGGGUCCGACGGCCGCUCCUACCCCAGCGUUUGCGCACUGCGCCUGCGCGCUCGGCACGCUCCUGGAAGGCACCUUGGCCACCUGCACAAGGUGCGCGAUGGCCCCUGCGAAUUUGCUCCUGUGGUCGUCAUCCCACCCCGAAAUGUUCACAACAUCACUGGGGCCCAGGUGUACCUGUCCUGCGAGGUGAGGGCGGUGCCUCCCCCAGUCAUCACGUGGAGGAAGGUCACACAGUCUCCUGAGGGCACCCAGGCGCUAGAGGACCUGCCUGGGGACCAUGUCAAUAUCGCUGUCCAGGUGCGAGGGGGUCCUUCUGACCACGAGGCCACAUCUUGGAUUUUGAUCAACCCUCUGAGAAAGGAAGACGAGGGAGUGUACCAGUGCCACUCGGCCAAUGCGGUUGGGGAGGCCCAGUCCCACGGCAAGGUGACAGUUAGCAACCUGAGCACGUACAAAGCCCCUCGCUUCCCAGCUCCACACGACCGCAUGUGACAGAGGUCUCAGAAGCAUGAUCACGGGAUGAUGGGAAAGUCAAGUUGUGGGUGGUUUUGCUGUGUGACAAGUUGGAAAGACUGUUUGUAGAUGACCCCUUUUGUAUGUUUUUAAAAACUAGAUGCAAACUAGAUUCAUAUGCAGAUGUAGUUUUUAGCAGGGCAAACACGGGGAAAAUGUCUGGACUGCACGUGUUUUUUUUAUACUUUUGAAAUGAAUUGCUCUGAGAGAAUUCUUUUUUUAACUACCCCCUCCCCGGGGGAGAGCAUGUUGCGGUGUAUUUGUAACUCUAAAGGGCUAGACGAGGGGUGUGCGCUGUGACCCUUCACCUCAGUUGUCUGCGGCUGAUUGGUGGAGCUCUGUGACUUAGUGUGUGUGGUAGAGCCGAGGAAGAGGGUCCCUGUCCUUUGCCUGACCUCUCAUUUGCUGUGUGACCUGGACAGGUCCCUUCCCUCUCUGGGCCUUGGACUCUUCACCUGUGAAUGUGGCCUUUGGACUGGAUGUUACCUGUGUCUCUUUGAGCCCUGUCAUCCUAGAGUAAGAUGGCCCUACAGAAAAAAAUACAGGAAGUGUGGGCUUAGCGUCCUUUUUUAAAUGGUAUUUCCUCAAAAACAAACACCACUGCUUCACACUAGGGCAGUGAUGGCGAACCUAUGACUUGCGUGUCAGAGGUGACACUUGAACUCAUUUUUUUGGUUGAUUUUUCUUUGUUAAAUGGCAUUUAAAUAUAUAAAAUAAACAUCAAAAAUAUAAGUCUUUGUUUUACUAUGGUUGCAAAUAUCAAAAAAUUUCUAUAUGUGACACGGCACCAGAGUUAAGUUAGGGUUUUUCAAAAUGCUGACACGCCGAGCUCAAAAGGUUCGCCAUCACUGCCCUAGGGUGAGGACAGCUGGCUGCAGCUCUUCUAUUCCUGCCACUCUCCCAUUUUAAAGAAACACUUUACCAGACUCAGGGGCCCCAUGGCUGGGCGUUUGGGGACCGAGAUGUCUACUUGUUCCCAAGCCCAGCAUUCCUGAACCAGGUGGGCAGUGGAGACCUGAUUCCUAGACAUCAAAUUGUAAAAACAGGGUCCCAUGCUCUCUCUGGGCUGUGGAACGAGAGUGUAAUAGAAGGUUUGACUUAGAGGUGUUUUGAUUUCAGCCAGGAAUGGGGCUUGCUUUCUUUAUUUUAAAUGAAGAAAGGAAGAAGGAGAAUAUUUAAUGUCUGGGCUAAAAAAAAAAAUAGAUCUCCUCGGCGAUUAAAACUUUUAAAAUCGGGAUCUCA